CCGGGUGAAAACUGCGGGCUCCGCGCAGGACGCAGCUCCCGGAGGCUGCAGCGGCGGAGGCCGGGACCCGAGCCCAGAUCCAGAACGGAGCUCGUGCACCAUGAACCCAGCCGUCAGCGUUGCUCUCCUGCUGGCAGUCUUACAGGUAUCCCAAGGGCAGAGGGUGACCAGCCUGACGGCCUGCCUGGUGAACCAGAACCUCCGUCUGGACUGCCGCCAUGACAACACCACCCACCUGCCCAUCCAGUACGAGUUCAGCCUGACCAGGGAGACGAAGAAGCACGUGCUGUACGGCACGGUGGGCGUGCCCGAGCACACCUACCGCUCCCGCACCAACUUCACCACCAGGCACAACAUCAAGGUCCUCUACCUGGCCGACUUCACCACCAAGGACGAGGGCGUCUACACCUGCGAGCUCCGCCUCUCCGGCCAGCCGCACACCGUCUCCAGUCAGAACGUCUCUGUGCUCAGAGACAAGCUGGUCAAGUGUGAGGGCAUAAACCUGCUGGCUCAGAACACCUCAUGGCUGCUGCUGCUCCUGCUCUCGCUCUCCCUCCUCCAAGCCACGGAUUUCAUUUCCCUUUGACUGGUUGGGCCCCUUGGAGGAUACAGGAAGCCUCAAGCCCAGUGCAGAGAGGCUGCUUCUCUGAGCUGGCUGACCCCUCCCCUCCGUCCCCCACACACCUUGGGGAGAAGUGGGGACCCCGCCCCAUAUGAGGAAUCUCAGCGCUGCAUGCCACCACCUCCCCUGCCACGCCGCCACUUCCCUCUCCGCACACCCCUCCCUGGCUGUCUUUCUGUCCUCCGUCUUCCAGAGCUGCUUCUGUCUGGUUUCUUUCGAAUUGGUCCUUCCUCUUCAUUGGGAGUUUGUGAACGGGGAAGCCAGGGCCGGGGGCCUGAUGGAAAGCGAGGUCAUGUGACACGCGGAAGGUGGGGGCCACCGGGUCAGAGGGAGAGCCCCAGAGAGGCGGGACGGGCAGGGCUGGGGUGUGCUUGGGCCUGGCACAUGCUCGAGACGGGAAGGACACCAUGAGACCCCGGGGGAAGAGACCACCAAGCGUCUGUGUCCUGUCACAGCGUGCUGAGGACAGAGUCCCCAGAGACGCAGACCCCAAGAGAAAGGCCCCUUCCUGCCACUGCAGAGGGCCCGCGGGGAGUUGGGAGGGCGGGCAGGGCAGGGGUCCGGCCUGCCCCUCACUGAGGAUGGGGAGGCGGACAGGCCCCCUCCCAGGCCCCCCCAAGCCUCAGAACUCUGUAAGUGGGGGAGUCCCCUAACUUUACAGCUGCACCCCAGUUUCUAAGGGAGGCUCUUCCUUCUCGUGCCCCACAGCACCAGAGCUCUGGCUGGGCCUGCGUCCUAGACAGCCCUGCCCCGCGGCCUGCCUUGGGGGCCUCUGAGGGGCCCCAGGGCCAUGCACUCCUCUGGAGACGGCUCCCCCCCCCCACCCCGCUCCCCUCCCUAGCGGCCCUGCCCCCACAGCCCACAGCAUCUCACUGAGGAAAAAGAAAACCGCACAAUAAACGCAGGCC